UAUUUCCAUCUGAGUGGCAAGAUGGUUCCAAACAAGUUGAGGAACCACCUCUAAUAAGAAACAAAUGAUUUUUCCGACCUGGAACGGCGAUUUUUGGCGCGUAAACUCUUAAAUGAAAUGGAUAAAAACUCAGGAAAGGAAAAUAAUAUCUCACCGGACGACAUAUUGAAAGCUUUAGAUCGUUUCGGUAAUGGCUCCAAAACUCCAAGCCCUGUUGAGGAAGACAGAGAUGAUCCUUUAGUACCUGGAAGAUUGUCAUUUCUUGAAGAUCCUCUUGGUACACAAAGACUCAGUUUUAUUUCUGCUGAUGGAAGUGAAAUUGACUCAGACUACAGCUCAGCCAGUUCAGUGGUUCAUUUGUCUGAAGAGCAGAAAAACUUAGAGCAAGAGUGGGAGGUUCUUUUUGGUUCAACUACAUAUUACACUAAGAUCAGACAACAUGCUUUGGAUGGCAAGCUUCGAUUUUGCAAGUUUAGGAGUGUUUGCUGGAAAGUUUUCUUGGAGUGUCUCCCUGAUCGAAAGGAUGAAUGGAUAACAAAGACGGCUAAACUUAGAAAUGACUAUGUCAAGUUCAAGAACAAUUGCCUGUUUGAUCCAAAUAAGGAAAAGAAUGAGGACAUGGAUUUGUCAGUCUUUAAUCCUCUCUCACAAGAGGAAGCUAGCCCAUGGAAACAGUACUUUGUAGAUAAUGAGUUGAAGUCCACAAUCAAACAGGAUCUGGAUAGACUAUCUCCAGAAAUUGAGUUUUUCCAGCAGUCAAAAGUGAAGGAAAUGAUGCUUAAUAUACUGUUUUGUCAUGCCAAAAAGAAUGAAGCGUUGAGCUAUAAACAGGGAAUGCAUGAGCUUCUUGCUCCAAUUGUGUAUGUUCUAACAGAGGAUGCAAUGAUUUAUCAGCAUAUUGAAGGUUCAAGCUUGGGGAUGGCCAAAGUUCUUAUGGACCCAAAAUACUUAGAGCAUGAUGCUUUUGCACUGUUUGUUCAACUUAUGGACCAGACAGAAACUUGGUAUCUUCAGAUACCAGUGAAAGGACUUCCUGAGAGAAAUAAAUUUUUGGAUCCUCACGUUGAACCAUUCACAGAUCAAGAAAUCAUACCAUCGACAGCCAUUGUAAAGAAACUGAAUCGAAUCCAAGAACACAUGCUAAGAAAAUACGAUCCUGAGUUAUGGGUUCACCUGAAGAACUUGGACAUUACUCCACAAGUCUAUGGACUUCGCUGGAUUCGCUUACUCUUUGGACGCGAGUUUCCAAUGGAUGACGUUCUUGUACUAUGGGAUGCUUUGUUCGCUGAUGGUCCCAUGUUGGACUUGGUGGAUUAUAUUUACAUUAGCAUGCUAAAGGCCAUUAGAAACAAACUGCUUUCAGGAAGUUACUCAGUUUGUAUAGGUUACCUGAUGAAGUUUCCACGUGUCUACGAUGACGUGUUCCGUUACGUCAAAACAGCUUUAACAAUGAGAGAGAACAAGCCGUCAUCUUCACGGUCCAGUCCCCGCUCGUCACGUCCAUCCGAUUCUCAUCCCAUGGAUUCAUCCGGGACACUUGCACCGAGAAAGAAACAGGGACCAAAUAGGCCGCAAUCUGCUUUCACGUCAUUUACCAAGAGAUAUCAGCAGUUCAUUGAACCGACAAGACCUGCAUCUGUGAAGCCUGCUGGGAAGACCGUUAGUCACCAGACCUCCAGUGUCAACAAUAGCGCCGAAACAGAAGAGGAGCUCAUCUUUAAGAGUCUACGGCCAGCCCGACCUGCCUCUGUUCCAGCUCCUGAGUUGAGGGAGCGCACGGACUCUGGGUCGCACUCGACCGGUUCUGGGAAGAGUUUGAAGUCGCUCAGCAAUCCGCUCAAAGGGAAACUUAUGGCCCGGCCGAGGACUCGCUCUAGAAUUGAAUAUGACGAAUUGGCUCAGGACCACGAGCGACUUCAGAAACAAGUGUCUUCUCUGAAAUCAGAGCUCGAUAAAAUGCAAGGCUUGUAUCUGUACUGUGGCAGGAAAAUGGAUUCGUACGUUGAUCUUCUCCAAGACGAACUUACGAAAGAAGAAGAUUGUGUCAGAGAUAUCGUUUAUCUGUGUUUAGCCGGCUUGAAACAGGUUCGGGAUUUAUUGAAAGGAACUUUGGCAUUCCGAGGAUCAACAAUUGAGACAGAGUGUGAUUUUAUGGAGAUUGAUAACAACAUUGCCUCACGGCUGGAAAUUCCUCCACAAAAUCAACAGAAAGACAGUGAAAUCCCUGAGAACCUUCCUGUUCCAAUGAUGGCCAACUUUGGACACUUUGAAAACUCAGAUGAAACUGAAAGCAGCUUUAUCUCUGGUGAUGUUCAGCAAGGAAACUUUCAGGAAUCUGAGCAUUUCAGCGAGGUAAGCAAGGAAAAUAAAGGAAAGGAAUUUUCAAUGACUUCGGCUGAGAUUGAAAGCAUUCAACAGCAGCUGAGAGAGUUAGAAACUAUAACCGCGGAGGUCCGAGCGGGGAAGCAUGAUAGAAAGGCAGAAAACGCGGAGGAAACUUUAGCCACUCAUGAAGGCGGGAAUAAUGAUGAUGCACAAUACCUGGUGUCUCCUCUUAAUGGAGGAAAUGGAAUAUUGGAGUCGACUGAAUCAAAUUCUCUGCUUCAUGGAGAGGAGGGAGUCAGUGAUACCAAGGCACAAAGAAAUGUCGAGAAUUCCGAACUGCUAUCUCAUGAUAAACCUGGAGGAGAGGAUGAAAUUUGCGAUGGUGACAAAGAAGAUUCAAUAGCUAAUGAUUUUCAGAGAAUGAAAGGUAGUAGAGCUACUUCAUGUGAUACCAAUCCUCUGUGUGACACUGAUAGUCAACUUUCACUGCCCACUUCUGACCCACUGACUGAAGGAGAGAGCAGUAACGAUACGUUUUCUACAGGAGUGUUACGAAGCGAUUCUCCCUGCAGGGAAUUCGUGUUUGUCAAUCAUGACGGCACGGCAGAUAAUGAGCUCAAGCCUAAAUCGCACCCUUUGGAAAGCAGUGGUGAAUUUUAGCUUCCUUAAAACAAGUUUGAACUAUAGAUGAAUUUAAGAAAAAUUUAGUUAUAAUUUUAUAUUUACCUUAUUUUUUUAUAGUUGUAUUGAAUUAAAUUGUGAAUUGAAUUGCUUUGCCACAAACAGGGUCAAAGUUAUGGACUGUUCGCUUCGCAGUUGUCGCGGAAUGACGCUGUCUUAGGUAAUGUCACGCAACGUCUUUGAGGUUGCGUCAAUCGUGUCACAUCCCAUAAAAUGGCCGCGAGGUUGACUAGGUUUUAGGAGAUUAGGAAAAAUUCCAGCUUAUCAAAUAAUUAAAUUCCGCUAUUAACUGGUGACUCGAGGCAACAAAUGUAAAGAAGCUGGGCACAAGUUCGACUAUAAAGCUUACAUUUUGUUUUCAGUUGGGACACAGAUUGCUUUCUAAAUUAACAUAAAAGAUAUGGAAAAGUAUACAUAUAGGCUCGAAUAGGUGAAUAACUGAUUCCUCAAAUAAAUAUUAUGUCUUCACCUUGGCUUGUC